GCAGGGGGCUGUCCUUGUAUCUCUAGUGAGGCCCGUCCCCAGGGACACACCUGUCUUGGGGCCAUCACCACGGUGCUGGCCCCCAGACCCUCGCCCUCGCUGCUCCUGGCAGACAGCUGGUGGCGCAGUUUGGGGUUGCUGUCAUUGACUGCUCCUGGGCCAGACUGGAGGAGACACCAUUUGGGAAAAUGCGGGGGGGCCACUUGCGGCUGCUCCCACACCUGGUGGCUGCCAACCCUGUGAACUACGGCCGGCCCUGCAAACUGUCCUGCGUGGAAGCUUUUGCUGCCACCUUCUGCAUCCUGGGCUUCUCAGACCUUGCUGUCCUUUUGCUGCGCAAGUUCAAGUGGGGCAAGGGCUUCCUAGACCUGAACCGCCAACUCCUGGACAAGUAUGCGGCCUGCAGUGGCCCAGAGGGGGUGCUGCAGGCCGAGCGGGAGUUCCUGGCUGGAGCCGCGGAGGCCCCCGAGGAGGACAUUGAUCCAUUUGAUGUGGAUUCAGGGAGAGAGUUUGCAAACCCCAAUAGGCCUGUGGCUGGCACCUGGCUGCCCACAGACAGCGGGGACAGCGAGGAUGACUCUGAGGAGCGCGGGCCUGAGGCCAAGGACAGAGGUGGUGGCCCCGAAGAGGCGGCUCUGGGGCAAGGAGCUGUGGCCGGGGCCCCCCCAGAGGCCUGGACAGGAAUCGAGAAACGGCAGAGAGACUGAAGACUGCAGGCACGUGUAUUUUCCGGGACGGAGCAAUGAGGAGAUCCAGAGGCGGCAGAGGACUUGGGGGACAGACGGGCCUGGCGGCCUGAGUCCGUGCGGCUGGGAGCAGGGGUCAGCCCUGCAGGGGUCUCUCCGGGCCUUGCCUUGGACCUGUCCCAACAAGCUGCAGGCCACUGAGA